GGGGGGGACGCAGCCGUGGGGCCGGGCCAGACCGGAGGGCGGGACCGCCGCUCUCGGAAGAGUCGCGGCCCCGCCUUCCGCCGGUACUGUCGCUGUCAUGGCGGUGGAGCGGGAGCGGGAGUUGUGCUUCUACCGGCAGCUGCCCAAAGUGGAACUUCAUGCUCAUUUGAAUGGCUCUAUUAGUACUGCCACAAUGAAGAAACUUACAGCCCAGAAACCAUACCUUCAGAUCCAGAAUGGAAUGACUGCGAUUGACAAAGGAAAGAAGAGAACCUUAGAGGAAUGUUUUCAGAUGUUUCAGAUUAUCUAUCAGAUUACCACUAGGACUGAAGAUAUUUUACUGAUAACUAAGGAUGUUAUUAAAGAAUUUGCUGAUGAUGGUGUCAAGUAUCUGGAACUGAGGAGCACUCCUAGAGAAGAAAAGUCCACAGGUAUGACUAAAAGGAUGUAUGUUGAAACUGUGCUUGAGGGUAUAAAGCAGUGCAAAGAAGAAGGCUUGGAUAUAGAUGUAAGAUUGUUAAUAGCAAUAAAUAGAAGAGGUGGCCCAACAGUUGCUAAGCAGACUGUUAAACUUGCUGAAGAGUUCCUUCAUUCCACUGAUGGGGUUGUAGUAGGACUUGACCUCAGUGGAGAUCCUACUGCAGGACAUGGUCAAGAUUUUUUGGAACCCCUUUCAGAAGCAAAAAAAGCAGGUCUAAAGCUGGCAUUGCACCUUUCAGAGAUUCCAAAUCGAGAAGAGGAGACCAGAAUUCUCCUGGGUCUGCCUCCUGAUAGAAUUGGGCAUGGAACUUUUCUUAACUCUGCCACAGCAGGCUCAGAAGAGUUGGUGUCCCUUGUUCGACAGAAUCACAUACCUAUUGAGCUUUGCAUGACAUCAAACAUCAAAACUCAGACAGUGCCUUCCUGUGACAAACACCAUUUUGGCUACUGGUACAACAUUGGCCACCCUGCCGUGCUUUGUGUUUGUGUAUGUGUGUGAGAGAGAUCUACAGAAGAGAAGCACCUGUGACCUGCUGCAAGAUGUGAGUGUGGUCCCCAGACCAGACUUGCUGACUGCUGGCAGCACCAUCUCUGCUCUGACAGAAGACAGUGCUUCUUGGUUCAGGCAGUGGCAGACUUCCCUCCGCCUGUGUCUCUGCGUGCACAGGUAAGUUUUGGUAUCUCAGUAUCAAAGCUGAUAUAUGAACAUAGACGUGUGUGUGUGUACACAGAAAAGUAUAUAGGUAUACAUGAACAUACACAUGCAGCAGCAUCUAAAAUAGAUAUUGCUAGCUAGUGUAGGAAGUGACCAGAGGGAAGGUAUUUCAGAUCUAGAAUGUUUUUACAUUAAUUAAACAAGCAAACAUCCUGGCAUCUACAAGGAAUACUGAAUAUGAAAACAGGAAUACAAAAGCUCUUUAUGACUUCACUGCUGGUGUUUUAAAGUACAAUCAGCAUAACAUAGUUGUUCUGGCUCCAGAGUGGCCAAAAAAAAUGAAAAGGGGGGAGGAGGAAAGGGUUUUGGGAGGAAGGCCAGCAAAGAAAACUUGAAAAGGGUAGACACUAGAGAUAAAGAAGAAACUCUUUACAGUAAAGGUGAUGAGACAUCGGAAACGGCCACCCAGGGAGGAUGUGGAUUCCUCCUCCCUGGAUGUGUUCAAGGCCAGCCUGGAUGAGGUCUUGAGCAACACGGUCUAGUGGGAGGUGUCCCUGCCAAUGCCAGGGAAGUUGGAACUAAAUGAUCUUUGAAGUUCCUUCCAACCCAAACCAUUCUAUGAAUCUAUGAAAUGGGUAUGUUUCAUUUGCUGCCCAAGGCUUCCACAGAAUGUUUUCCAAGCAGAAAACAUUAAUUUGGAGAUGUGGGAAAAUUAUGAAAUAUUCUUAUCUGAACUUGGAAUAAGGCCUCAUGCUGAGUUUUACUUAUAAAUACCAAUUUAAAUUGCUUUCCAGAUAGUUCACUGAUCACUUGGUUGUUUGAUCAUUGCACUGCCACUUGCUGCUUGGCCAGGUUUGUAUUUUCUUUUACAAAAAUAAUUACUACAAUAAAUGUUUUCUCUUUCAUUUCUUACUGAAGACAGACUGAGCAGCUCUGGGAUGUUGCAGUUAGGUGUUUGUCUCAGGAUAAGUGGGCCUGUACUCUAGGGAGAUGGCAUUCUCUUGUAAGUUUCAUCAUCUUUUUACAUGCUACAGUCUUCUAGUAACUUUCCCACAACACAGAAUUUGGUUUGUUAGUGAAGAAAACCUGUCAUGAAGCGGAGGACUUUUUUCUCCCCUGAAUGCAGUGGAAAUUUUGGGUAAUUAUUUCUAGAAUAUUGUUGGCAUAAGAUGAGGUUUAAGUAGUUAUUCAGCUGCAGCUCAACUGAUUUUUAAAGUAAACAAAACAGAUCUAGUCCCAGUUAAUAUUUGUGUUUAUUUCUGUCUGAUGAUAUGAGCCAACACUUACAGCACUUACUCCAAUGCUUAGAAUCUGUUUGCAUCACACAAAAGUACAUACUUUGGACUUACUAAGCAGUGUUGUCUUUGGAGGUGUGUGUAAACAGAGAGCAACUGUGCACUGUAAGUUUUUUCAGAGUUCCUUUUGAGACAAACACAGGUCUCCAAAACCUCUAUUCCUUGUGAUUAGGCUGGCAACGUACCACAACUUAUUGAAGUGUCACCACUAAACUCUUAAGUAUUUGCACACUGCUCUUCAGGAUUGUAGCUUUGAAAAUAAAGUAGCUACAUGAAUUA